AUGAAGUUGGUGCAGAACAUGUCGACGAUUAGGCCGGCGGGUCGGGAGUUUGGAGUCGGAGGGUUUGAGAUCUGGCCGGAGAGAAACUCCCGGACGCCGGCGGCGUGGCUUUCGAUGAAGUGGAAGAAGCCGGAAUCAGGGGAAGGGGGCCGGUCGGGGGAUGGGAGGUUGGUGAAGCGGAGGCCGGCGGUGGGGCCGGCGGAGGAGAG